UUUUUGGAUCCUCAAUCUCAGGGGGGUAUUGAAGAUGGUGAAGAACCUAAAAAUGCAGCUAUUAGGGAACUACGAGAAGAGACUGGGAUAGAAUCUGCUGAAAUCAUUGCUGAGGUUCCGCAUUGGUUGACAUAUGACUUUCCGCCUGCUGUGAAGACCAAAGUAAAUCGUCUCUGGGGAGGUGAAUGGCACGGGCAAGCACAAAAAUGGUUUCUUAUGAGAUUCACAAAAGAUGAGAGUGAGAUCAACUUAGCCAAUGGGGCAGCUGAUCCAGAAUUUGCAGAGUGGAAAUGGGCGAGCCCUGAAGAAGUUAUUGAGCAGGCAGUGGACUACAAGAGGCCAACAUAUGAGGAAGUUAUCAGGACCUUCCAGUCUUACUUCGACGGCAGUGCUUUAUCGACAAAGUGUAAAUCCACAAAAUGGUGAA